AUGCCUCUGACUAUGCCACCCCUCGGACCCCUCCAACCCCCCGGCGACACUCCGCGCGUGCCCGUCCGGCAAAUCAUGGCUGAAUUCGUCCCCAGCGCCCUCGACUUCAGUUCUAUCGAUGAAGAGGUAUCCCGCGAUUCCACGGUGUCUUCCGUCGACGUACUCGCCGAAACUGAAGGGGACGGUGUACGAAUCAUCAAGGACACGGGGAUGAAUGAUCGCUUCCUCGCGGCUCUUGAUAAUCAAUUGCCCGCUCACAUCCUUGCUUCAAAGCGACUGUUGACCAUCAUCUUCCGGAAACAGGCUUUGGACGAGCGUUACGGUGAAGCGGGAAAUCAGCAUAUCUACAGUGAGCGCGAUCUCCCUGUCAUGAUGGAGGAGACGUUUUGGAGAUAUGUAAACCUUGUCAUGGAGAGCAAAGCCCUGGACAAGAACCUCCGCGGCGAGUGGCGGUCAUGUGGAUCAAGGAAUGGUGGGGUGCGUGGCUGGAUUUGUGUCCGAAAGGUAGAUGGAAAGGUCCAAGCACUCUCUGAGACCAUAAUGCCCAGCAUGCUCAGGGAUACCUCCGAUCACGCCGGAAGAGUGCAGCGACUUUUGGAAGAGGCGUCAAAGCCAGGAGGGAUGCGGGUUAUCGUGACGGGCGAGAAGUCGGUGGGGGUUGUUGAGGAAGAUGGAGCAGAGGUCCCGGGUAUGGAGUACUGGGCGAAUUGUAUAGCGCAGUUCUGGGAGAAGUACAGACUAUUCGACACGGCGAACAUCAUGCUUUUGAGCUCGUCUGAAAUCUAUCUGCCACUUGAACGGGACCGCUCAGCUCCAAACAUCUUGCGCGUUGGUUUGUCGAUUGCCAGAGAUGCAGGGAUGACAGGUGCAGGCGACGGAGCCCUGACAUGUCUUGAGCUCGCCAUCGCCUCUACCCUCUCCCUCCCAGCCCCAUCCCACGUUCUACCGUUUCUGCCUCUCCCCAAACUCAAGAUCGAGAAUGCAAGUAGCGAAGGUCAGGGUGGGACCUUGGCGGGAGUGUUUACAAGUAUGUGUAGAUGGGCCGGGAUCAGAGGCAGCAAGGAAGCAGGCAAACAACGAAAGGCUAAGAGAAGGAGGGUGUCUAAGCAGGGGCAAGAUCUCAGUGAGAAUCGCUUUGAGAGUGUACGCAGGUCAAGCGGUUCAGCUCAUCCCUUUGUGUGGGCUCGCCUUCACUUCCAUGGCUGCUCUUUGUCUGAUUCGGGGCGCUCCGUGGCGCAGCAUUUCUUCGGCCCUAUUGGCUUGUCCGACUCAUCUAUCUAUGGAUGGAUUGACAAGGACCUUGCACACCCCCAUCUCGACGACUGUACCAACAUAUUUUCGUCCCCACCCUUGCUUCCCAUCGCCGAUCCUCCCCUCACCCCUCGUGCCAAUCCUCGAAAAGAAGCUCCUAUCACAGCUGCCAUCACCUUGUCCUCCUCUCCCACCUUCUCUGUCUCCCAACCAAUCGAUGCUUCUUCAGCAUCCCUCACUUCCAGAGUUCCAGCCAAUCAUCCUGACGAUCUGCCCCCGCUCGUCGUCAAGACCAUGCGUCCCAGCACUUUUGACGACGCAAAAGGAUCGGCAGGGUACGGGACAGGUGCCGGGGCGGUGGAUGCUUGGGAAGCGGAGGUAGAGCUUUACGGGGGGGUGCUUUCUUGCCUGCAAGGCCAUAUCGUGCCCCGGUGUUUUGGAGCUCCACGGGGCCUGAUGUAUGUCAGUCGAGAGUGGGAAAGCAGGGAGAUCAACUUUCUGAUUUUGGAGCGUGUGGGCAGUGCUGUUUGUGCUAAGGACGAGGACCUGCCGCUGCUUCCUGAACAGACGAAGCUCGCUAUCUGUUCACUCUAUGAAGCACUGCAUAGCGUUGGGGUUAUUCAUGGAGACAUCAAACGCCGCCACAUCCGUCAGCGUGCAGAUGGUAGUCUGUGUAUCAUCGACUUUGAGGGUGCGAGACGAGUGUCGGAUGGGGCAUGGGAGGAUGAGAUGCUGGCGGAUGAGAUGGAGGAGGUCAAAGCCAUGCUGGGGUUCGGAAACGACUAG